ACAGUUCCAUAUUCAGGCACCAAUUAAGAUCACAAAAUCCUAACAGAAUGUACUAAGCCAAUUAUUUUCUACUCAACUUCUAGCAACAAAUAACACCUAGAUAAUGAAAAAAAGUCAAGUCCUUGAAAUCAUGGUGAUAUAAAAUUUUCUUAUAAUAAUCUGCUACAUUUCAUACAUAAAUCCGGCCUAGAAAUAGCAAAUAGCUACACCGAAGGCAAAGUUUUAGAUGUCUUACGUACUUUCUCUAGAACAUAAAGUGACAAAAUUCGCCUUAUAGAACGUAAAAUUUGUCUUAUGUGAACCUGAUUUUAGAUCCACAACACACACAAUGAAAAUGGACAAAUUUGUUCUCAGUCUAAUCUACUCAUACACAGUGGCGGACUUGGGCUUAGACCUGGUGGGUCAAGUGACUCACCAGGCCCAAAAAAAAAUUUUAAGUUAUUUUUAAAAAAAAAAAAAAAAUUAAAAUCAGUUUUCCCCAAAAAAACCAAACACCUUCAAGCCCUAGCCUUCUUCAGUUCUUCUCUUCGCCAUUGCCAAUUCGCCUCUUCCCUUCAAUCCUUCAUCAAUCAUCUGCAACUCCAGUUCUUCACUUCUUCAUCAAAGACCAAUUCGCUAUUUCGCUGUGCGGGUUGUGCUGCUGGCUGCUCCACUGCUCGCCGACGCCUAGUCGCCUCAAUCAGCGCCUGCCGCCUCCGGCUCUGUCUCUGAAACAAUUUAAUUAACUUACCCCCCUCUGCUAAAAUGCGCCCUUGAUCCCAAUUUUCUUUUCUUUGAAAGUUGAGAUCUUUCAAUUGAAGAAGAAAGAGAAGAACAAGAACAAGAAGAAGUGAAGAACCCCAGUAAAGCAAUGGUUGCAGAGCCUUGGUUACUGAGAACGGGGAAUCAGGUAAGUAGCAAUCUGAAAAACUCCCUUCUUUUACACCCAACAAGCACAAGUAAUAGUAGUAGUAGAAAGAAGAAAAGUAGCAGUAGUAGUAGUUGCUCUAAUAUUGGUAUCUUGUCAUUUGAGGUUGCUAAUGUUAUGUCAAAAUUGGUCCAUCUUCAUAACUCAGUCUCUGAUGAAGAGAUCUCGAAACUGAAGCAUGAAUUGAUUAAAUCAGAGGGUGUUAAGAAAUUGGUUUCUUGUGAUGAUUCUUACCUUUCAGAGCUUGCUUAUUCUGAGAGGGUAGAUGAUUUGAAUAGGGUUGCUGAGGUUGUCUCUAGGUUGGGGAAAAGAUGUACUGAGCCAGCCUUGCUUGGUUUUGAGCAUGUUUAUGGGGAUAUUAUUAGUGGUAGGAUUAAUGUCAAAGAUUUGGGGUUUUUGGUUAAGGAUAUGGAUAGUAUGAUUAGGAAGAUGGAGAGGUAUGUGGGUGCUACUGCUAAUUUGUAUGGUGAAUUGGAGGUUUUGAAUGAAUUGGAGCUUGCUACCAACAAGUUCCAUUUGAAUCAUAAUCUUGAUAGUCGUAGGGCUUUUGACCAGAAAUUGAAAUGGCAAAGGCAGGAUGUUAAGCAUUUGAAGGAUAUUUCACUUUGGAAUCAGACUUAUGAUAAGGUAACUCCGGCACGGCAGUCCGGCAAGGUAUGUUCAUCAAUUGGAUGUAUUUUUUAGUACUAUUAUUUGGUUGUUCGGUAAUUUUUUUUUUUUUUUACAUACUUGAUUAUCGAUUGUGACCCACCAGUCGGAAAUUCCUGGGUCCGCCACUGCUCAUACAUGAAUUUAAAUUACUUAAGGAUGUAAAACAGCCAAUACUAAAAAUAUUAUUGCAAAAUGUAGUAAUUUAAGUUUUAAAAAAUAUACCAAUUGCUUUGAAUUGUGUUCUGGCAGAUAGAUCUUGAAGAAUCCCGGUACAUAGCGCAGAUCAUUCAUCUUAAAGGGUCUUCCUCUUUUUCGCCGAACAGCAUUUACAAUUCUCAGCUCAGAACGAGGUUGUGAAUCAUCCACCAUUGCUUCAAUCAAGUAAUUAGAAUAAGAAGACGUUCCUUGUUCUCGUUUCACCAUUUUUUUCUAGUCAAUUUUGGAGUAGAGUCAAGUUAAGACAAUCUUUAAGGAACGGAUAGAGUACCAUUUAAAAUCUUAAUCAAAACCCAAAAUUCCUACUCAACCUUUAUAAUUGGAAAUAACAUAACAACUCUAAUAUCACACAUUAUGAUCAACUGAUAACUUUAAAACAGAACAUUAAACUGAUUAUUUUUCAGAAAAAAGAUUCAAACUUGACAAACCCGGCCAUUAUUAUAAAAAUUCGGUUUGAUCUCAUACCCCAAAUAACUCAAACAAUUCAACAUUCACCAUUUCUAAUUAAAUUCAACAAUUCUCAAUUUGCAAACAAUUACAAUAUCAGUUUCUAGCUAAAACAAAAAAAAAAUCAAAAUUGCCAAAUUAAACAACUUCCCAUGAAUUUCAAGCAACACCAACACUAAUUUGAUGAAUUAAAACAACAACUAAUUUAAUCACAAAAUCAACCCAACAAAAAAUCAUGGAGAAUAAGAAAUUGAAAACAUUAAUUCAAUACAUAAAUAUGAAAAUGAGUUACCUGAAUAAUAAAAUUGAAAGGUGAACUUUACUUGUCCAAGAGAGAGAAACAGAGGAAGA